AGCUUUAUAAGCAACUAGGGUUCUCUCGUCGCCGCCCCAAUCUCUCGAAGAGCCGACAAGGGUUUCCAUCGUCUCUUGCUCCUUCUCGAUCUGCAAACCCUAGGAAGCGGAAAACAUGGGGAAGGUGCACGGAUCUCUUGCUCGCGCUGGGAAGGUGCGCGGCCAGACGCCUAAGGUGGCCAAACAAGAUAAGAAGAAGAAGCCAAGGGGCCGUGCUCACAAGCGUAUGCAGUACAACCGCCGUUUCGUGACCGCCGUUGUUGGAUUUGGGAAGAAGAGAGGACCCAACUCUUCAGAGAAGUAAUCUGGUGGUUAGUCUCUCAAUGAACUUAAUUAAUUGUUAUUAGAUUUGAUAAUUUGUGCUUUUUAGGGCAUGGAUCCCAUUAUGCUCUAGACUAUGAUGAAAAUCAAGUAAUUGUACCUUUUCUUCUUUUUUUUUAAUGCAUGGUUACUUUCAAAUUUUGGUUUUUUUUAA